AUGGAGUGGGAAGGUGCCGGCAGAGGUGGCGGAAGGGGCGGUGGCCGCGGCGGUGGUCGCGGUGGAGGCGGUCGGGGCGGCGCACCCAAACGCCAGGGGGUCAAGAGCGCGCUGGCCACAAGAUUCGAUCGCGAGCGUGGAGGCAGAGGUCGCGGCCGUGGGCGAGGACGAGGCGAAUCUCGAGGUGGCAGAGGAGGCAACGGAGACUAUGAAUCCGAGAAGCAAUUUGGAUUCAAAUUGAUGGUGCAAGGCGUCACGCCCGAGACAAAGAUCCAAGAUCUGGUGGAGUUCCUUCAGAACAAAGCCGAACAGCCCUUCACCGUGAGCGAGAGCUACAUUACGGAUGGCAAGGCGUUUCUCGUAAUCGACAAUCGCCAAGAGUCCAUCGCUGUUCAAAAGCUGAGCGGCAUCCGAUACAACCAAGAAAAGCUUCUCAUCCGGUCGGUCAAGUACUCCGGCCCCUCGGCGAUGACGGAGAAGUACAAGGGCGCGUUGGUGGCCCUCGUGGAGCCCCGCUUUAACGCCCAGGCCAACUACCUCAACCUGUCCAAAUUGCAGGGCAUCGAGGUCGAAGGGUUCAAGAUUGACUUCAACAACGUGUCGACCAUGCGUACCCUGUGGUCUGUCAUCGCGCAGAAGUGCCCCACGGUCUCAACAAUCAACCUGGCAAGCAACCGCAUUCACAACCUCAAUGCGUUUAAGGACCUCACCAACCACUUCUCCGGCCUGGUGAAUCUGAGCUUGGAGGAAAACAAUAUCUCCGACUUCAAGCAGCUUGAUAAUCUCAAGCAGAUCAAGCUGCGCGAGCUCGUGCUGGCCGGCAACCCCAUCUCCGCCGAGCUUGACGAAGCCACUUACAGAAGCCAAGUUACUCGUCGCUUCCCGGCGCUCAAGUACUUGGAUAGGGUCAAGCUCCAACCGGUUAUUUCAUUCGACAUCCCGACCUACGUCCUGCAGAGCGUGUUGCCCCCCUCGCAGCCGUCCUUCUUCGAUUCGCCGCAGCGCCAAACACUCGCCGUUGAUUUCCUCCGAAAGUUCUAUGAGCUCUACGACAAGAACAGGCAGGGAUUGCUCGAAGUCUACACCGACUUCAGCUUUUUCUCGCUUACCACCGGCGCUCUGGAACGGCUGAGCGAGAAGGAGAAGCAAAAGAAUCUCAGCGAGUAUCUCCAAGCCAGCAGGAACCUGCUCAAGGUGGAGGACAUGGAGCGGAGGGUGGAGCGCCUGCAGACAGGGCGCGUGAAUAUCGUGCAUCUGCUGUCCACUUUGCCGGCCUCGCAUCAUCAGCUCGAACACUUCACGGUCGACUCCUACAUGCUCCCACCAGUCGGGACCCUGCAGAUCAUGGCUGUGAACGUGCACGGACACUUCUGGGAAGUGGAAACGGGAGUCAAUCGUUCGUUCGACCGAAGCUUCCUCCUCACUCCGGCUCCACCCGGCUCGCGCGCCCUGCAAUACGGCCUGCCCGUGGUGGUGAUGAACGACAUGCUGCACGUACGGAACUACGUGCAGACCUCCGGCGACGCUCAGGCCAAGGCACCGCAGAUCGGCAGCCCGGGACCCAGCCUCUCCCUUCCUCCCUCCUCCCUCUCGCUCACGCCAACCAAGUCCACCGUGCCACUUUUCGGCUCCACGAGCUCGAGUCCGUUCACUUCUUCCACCUCAAGCGAGGAUCUGGUGCAAAAGCUGUCGUACGUGACGGACAUGAACGCUGCGACGGCCAGGACGUGCCUCGAACGAAACGGCUGGGACUACGCGAAGGCUCUCGCCAACUUUUACGAACUCAAGGGCAAGGGACUUGUUCCGCCCGAGGCCUUCACCACAAAGCAGUGA